AUGGCGGAAAAGCUCACGGCCACACUAUUUGCUCAAGUUGCCAGAGACCGUGUGAACGAGAAGCAGCCACCGAGUCCGGGCAACGACAUCGACGCGGAUCGCUGCGCGGCGCUUCACAACACCUUGACUCUCUAUGGGUGGUUUUGCUCUGGCAAGAAAAUCUCGACGUUGACGAAGCGGACGUGGUGGAGCACGCAUGGGAAUGAUGCGCUGAAGAAGAUCCUGCGACCGAAACUGGUGCGGUACCUGUCCAAGAUCUUCGAGGUGCCGAAUUAUCACUUCUUCUACCAUGUUUCUGGGCUUGCGAGUCCGGAGCAUAUGUUGAGGCUUGCGGAUGUGGUUGAGGAUGUCGAGCACGACGAUCCGCGGUUGUCCGAGAAGUUCAGGUUCGUGAUCAUUUACAAGAGUUCGGAGGCGUUGGUCUCCCAACCAGCGGGUAUAGUCUUCGACCAGCAGACGAGCCUGGCCCUUUUGAUGCCGACGUACCACCAUGUUUUCAAUCUCAAGGAUCCGGACCUGCCGUGGCAGAAGAUGGAGACGAUCCUCAGCGCUUACAUCGACAUGGUGGAGGGUGAAAAGGCCGUUGCCAUUCACGACGAGUCCACGGUGGAGAUGGAGGACGAUGUCGCACAGAAGGGAGGCGAUCUCGUGAAGAACAAGACUUUUGCGCGAUACAAGACCCGGCCGUGGAUUCUGCAGCCGUACACCCUGGACGAUCUCCAUGCUUGUCUAGAUGCCUGGGCUGCGCUGGUGAAGGCGAUUGAGAAACGCGCGGGUAUCACCAAACAGUACCAGGAGCCUGAAGACGAUGAUUACGACCCUAAUGAGAUAGACCCUCUGUGCUCGAGGACGGCACUGAAUAUUGCUGGCAUUCCAAGAGGAUUUGCCUACGAGGUCCUCUCUCAUGCUCAGCAGUCUGAGAUCUCUUUUAUCGCACCUGGAAUACGUCUACCGAAAGUGGAAGAAUUUCUUCAGCAGCCAUUCAAGCAUAUCAAACAGCAAUUCCCGAAAGAGACUGUGGGGAUGAAAGCUCCGUUUCUCUUCUUGCGAUGCCCAGGCACCGUCAGCGCGAAGGAGGCGAAGUUCAGAUAUCCAUUUUCGACGGUGGAGUCUGUUCCGUGUGGUCUCUACCUCGAUGCCUUCCCCAACGCCCAAAACCCGUUCGAAGACGCUUGUCGGCUCAUAUUACCCAUUCGUUUGGGCGAUAGGCGAUAUGCACGAACAUCCGACGGCCGAUCCAUUAUCAAGAGCCACUGCGAUCUUUACCAAACGGGGAUCAACCCCUUCGUCAUGCGACAUGGACCCAAGCUGGCCGCUGUACUGGAGAACUGGCUGAAGCACAUCGAGACCGGGCAUUGGAGCGUCAACUCCAAAGGCGUGGAAGGCGGGAUUGGCGUCUGGCGACAAGCCGACUCGAGAGAGCAUUGGUGGAGAUACCAGGGCGAGCAUCUCGUGGUCUGA